AGGAACGUGAGGCGGCAGCAGCACGUGCCCAGCUGGAGCAGGAACAGGCGAUGACUGCCGGAUUUGCACCGCAGGAACCAGGUAGUAACGGGAUCAAUUGCCUCUAGUCCUGCAGAUCAUCCUGUCCUGAAGGUAGUGGCCCCCAAAAAAACAGGGAGGCAGGAGAACCACGGACUUCUGAAUAAAAUGUAUUCCCCAAAAAAAACAAUUGCAGGGUUACACUGGAAAACCUAAAUUCAAAACACAAACAAAGGCCUGACAGAACCAUGACAAAAACUGUGCACUCGUUGACAUUGUGUAUUCAUGCUCUUAGGUCUAUAGUGAACUACGAGAUGUUAACAAGUAGAAUAUUAAUACUUUUCUACUGGUGCUCAUGCACUGAUGCAGUUUUGUCUCACUAGUAAGAUGUAGUUAUUGUAAAACGAUGCCCAAGAUGUUCCAUUACUAUUCCUUGUGGUUUUACUGGUGCACAGAAAUUUCAUGAAGCAGGAAUUUCCAUCCACAGCCUUAUUUAAGAAAAAAAUUAAUUUUGCGUGUUCCAAGAAUGAUUUGUGACAAAAUACAUUGUGAUUGAGCAGACACUGUACAAAGUUAGUGUACAGUAAACCAAGAACAGUGUUUAUCUGGAAGGACGUGUCGAGGGAGCUUGAGGAACAAGGCGCCUGCGUAGCCAUAGUAACAAGAAUCAGACUAUGUGUCAGAAUCCCCGAACAGCAAACCAAGCCCACUUCGAGUACGCUUAAAAAGAUGCCGUUGCACAGGACAAGCUAGUGCACGGAGCGCACGAUACUACCACAGGUACUUGAACCAUGACAGUAUCUGAAAGCUACUGCGGUCUACUUCUCUUAUGCUGUAUUGAAAUUGUUUAGCAUACAAUUCAUGUGUUAUCACAAUUUUUCUUCCCUUUCAGAAUGGAGAACAACACGACGCUAACGUUCACCAUGACGGCCUACGCAACCCUGGAGAACCACAAGCACCUUUUCUUUAUUCUUUUCUUCUUGCUUUAUGUGGCUGCUAUGUUCCUAAACAUACUCUUUGUCACCGUCAUCCACCGAAACAAACAGUUGCACCAGCCCAUGAAUGUGUUUGCAUGUAUGUUAUGUUUCAACGAGAUCUACGGCUGCACCAUGUUAUUGAUUCCAAUUAUGGGCAUACUCAUGACCAAGACACAUGACAUCAGUGUCAAGUGGUGCAUUGCUCAAGUCUACUUCCUGCACACGUAUGCAACUGCUGAGUUAUCCAUCCUGGCGCUUAUGGCUUACGACCGCUUUGUUGCCAUCUUUUCCCCUCUACACUAUUACACCUACAUGAGCCAUUCAAAAAUCAUCAAACUGAUUGCAGUCACGGGCCUCUAUCCAAUAUGUGUGUUUACAUGUUUUUUCAGUCUCACUCUGCAGCUGAGUUUUUGUGGGCAAGUCAUCGCAAAGCUGUAUUGUGUGAACAUGGAACUGGUCAAAAACGCGUGUACAAUUCCAUCCUUUAUAAGUCCUGUGGGGCUUGUGCUUUCAUUUGUAAUGGACGGCCCUCAGCUGACCCUGAUUAUUUACUCCUAUGUGCAAAUAUUAAGAGUUACUAAGAAAGUAUCGAAAGCUUCUCAAGUUUGUGCUCUUAAAACUUGCUUGCCGCAUAUAUGUUCUUCUUUCAAUUUUACCAUAGCCACUUUUUUUGAAAUUAUCCAGAAUCGGUUCGAUAUGAGUCAUGUAGCGAUUGAGGUGCGGAUUUUCUUGUCAAUGUAUUUUGCCGUCAUUGCACCGGUCACCAACCCGCUGCUUUAUGGACUGGGAAAGUCUCUUGUUCGAAUCCAGAUUAUAAAGCUAUGUAUUAAAUACAAGAUCCUACCAUCAAAGAUGACCAAGAGGGUAACUACAAUCGGGACUUCUACUCCUUACAGGUAAUAAAUGUUUUGUAUAAAAUAAAAAAGGAAAAAUUACGGUUCUAUGCAGCCACUCUUUUGUUAAUGCCAUGAAUCGUAUCCUGCAUGGUGUGAUGCGAAACAUGAGCUGCGGUUAUCUUUUUAGCAAGUGCUCCAAUAUUAUAUCUGUAUACAGUAAAUGUGUGCAUUUUUUAAUCAACAAAUUGACACCUUUUUUGUUAACUCAUCUUCAUUAGUCUAGAUUAAAUCGCCCAUUAUUUCCAAAAUAAGACCAGUUGGGUUCUUGGUCUUCCCUCAGCUCAUAUGAAAGUCACUGUGUUCUGUCAAAAGUGAAAUAAUGACUUUCAGAUUCAACUCAUGCAUUUGUACUUAUGUUACUUUUUACCUCUUGUAUUAAACAGCGCGUAUAUACUUUCAUCAUCAUUUACCAACGUAAAAACUUCUUUGCGAACAAUUAUGAGUCACUGCUCUGUGCAUCUCAGAUAUUUAUGAUCAAGAAUAAAUAAAUGUUUAAAUUGCACUUUGUCUACCUCUUUAUUUGUUUCUCACAAGCUGAAUAUUAUGUGUAUGAAUUCAUGAGAUAAUGAAAGAAUGAUAUCAUCAAAAUAGAAAUAAAUGAUAUAAAAUGUGAAUAUGGGACAUCGCUGACAUAAAUUGACCCACGUUUUCAUUAUCAUGACAGAAAAUUUACCAGCUAAGAUCCCAAAACACUUCAAUGAUUGUGACGCCUAAACUAAGGUCAGGCGACAGUGAAUGAUAGCAGACACUCAUCCAAAAACUCAAUAUUGCUUUGUUAAAUAUUGAGGUAAAUGUUUAAAAAAAAUGCACCGCAGAUUGUUGUUAGUAUAAAUCAAAUUGAAUUUUAAGACCAUAUCGAUAUUCUUAUAUCUUAUAUGCAAUUUACUUCUGGGCUAACUUUGGCUAUUUUAGUUUAGUUCAUAUCCAAGUAGUUGUUGCAAGUAUAUUUUUCCAUAUUAGUUAAAAAAAAAACAAUUCUCCCACCGGUUCAUGUUUUGUCACUUUGUUUGAUUAAUUAAGGGAGCUCCAUGGCUACACUAGUCAGAAGAACACAUACAGUACGCUCAUUAGUAGCUUGUCCAUCCCUUUGGAAGCAAUUAGGAACCGUGUAAUUGGGACAACAAGAUCCUACAUGAUUGAGUGGACAACAUUUGGGUGAUAUUUUUGUAUAACAGUGAUGUAACAAGUGAUAACACAGGGGAGCUACAGUGCGUGUGUGUGU